AGAUCCAAAACCAUCUGCUUCAACCCCAUUACCAAUUAUGAUAACCAAGGCCAUCUACUUGUUUCACUUAACAAGAGUGUCAAAUACGAAGCAACGAUAUACUCCGCAGUAAGACUAAACAUUAAGGUAAGUGAAGCUUUUAUGCUUGCUCGCUUAUUCGGUCAAACCUGUAUCGAAUUUAGCAAGCAAGCUUUUCGCAGACAUAUAUAUAUAUAGCACUCUUUGGAUAUCCUGAACCUUCAGCUGGGGAUUGAUUAGUAACAGUUACAAUAGAAGUAUGGCACCCUCGAAGAAACCAAAGUUGGAAAGACUUGCGUCUUUUUCAAGUCCCUUCUACCCUCCUACAAUGACAAAAAGCACAGUCAACAAUAAGUAUAAGAAAGACGAAAAUAAACCUUUCCAUAUCUUGAAAAAGACCUUGGAAGACACCCAAACAGAAAGAGAAAAGAUCAAAACCGGUAAGAAUGUUGCUCAUUUGUUCACUAGAGACUUUAGGCUUGGAGAUAAUUUUGCAUUAUCUCAAGCUAGCGAGUUGGCCCAAGAAUCAGAGGUUCCGCUUAUUAGUUUAUUUGUCUAUUCCGAAGAAGAUUUCCGUUCUCAUUCAGUGAGUCCAUUCCAAUUGAGGUACAGAUUGAAAUCUCUUGAAAUUGUCAAACAGGAUUUGAAGAAGAAGAAUAUUCCCUUGUAUACGCUAAAUGUCGAUAAAAAGAAAGAUAUCAAUUCUUCUAUAUUGAAAUUUUUAAAAGAUUAUGAGAUUUCUCACUUGUUUGCCAAUAUAGAGUAUGAGGUUGAUGAAUUGAGACAGUUCAUUGACUUGACAAAGUCCUUAUUGGAAAACAAGAUCUCUUUCCAACCUUUCCAUGAUACUUGUGUGGUGAAACCAGGUGAAUUGGCUACAAAGUCCAAAGGAACUCAGUAUGCCGUUUUCACUCCCUGGUAUCGUGCCUGGGUUGCUUACUUGGAGUCUUUGGAUGAUCCUUUCCCCAACUACCCUCAGCCAGAGGCCAACUCCUCAACUAAGGGUUUGGAAAAAUUAUUUGAAUCGAAAAUUCCAGAACCAAAAAGUGAUUUUUAUAAACUAAAUGCUAAAAGUCUGGAAUUUUUCGAUAAGACCUGGAGUGUUGGUGAACAUAAUGCUGAAAAGCAGUUAUUGGAUUAUAUAAAGUCUAAAACAAUUAAACUGUAUGAUGAUUUGAGAAAUGAAAUUAGCACCGAUGCAACCUCUCAUAUGAGUCGUCACUUGGCUUCGGGUACUGUCUCUUCAAGAACCUGUAUAAGACUCAUUUUAGAAAAUAACUUGGUUUCCUCUUUAGCAAAAGGUCCUUCGGGAAUAACUGAAUGGAUUAGACAGGUUUCGUGGAGAGAUUUUUACAAACAUGUUAUGGCAAACUGGCCUCAUAUUUGUAUGUUUAAGCCUUUCCAAGUUGAAUACGACGAUAUUGAAUGGGAAUAUAAUCUUGAACAUUAUCAAAAAUGGUGUGAAGGGAAAACAGGUUAUCCAAUCGUUGAUGCCGCCAUGAGACAAUUGAAUGAGACUGGGUAUCUUCAUAAUAGACCAAGAAUGGUGGUUGCUAGUUUUUUAAGUAAGCAUCUUUUAAUCGAUUGGAGGUGGGGUGAACGUUACUUCUUAGAGCACCUAAUCGAUGGAGACUUUGCUUCCAAUAACGGUGGCUGGGGUUUCAGUUCAGGUGUAGGAGUUGAUCCGCAACCUUACUUUAGAAUUUUUAACCCUUGGACCCAAUCUGAGAAGUUUGAUAAGAAUGGUGACUAUAUUAGAGAAUGGGUUCCGGAAUUGAGAGAGAUCGACGAUUCGAAAGGAAUACAUAACCCUUAUGAUCAUGGAUUUGAGGACGUCGCUGAAAAAAAUGACUAUCCCAGACCAAUUGUCGAUCAUUCUUUUGCUAGAGAAAGAGCCUUAGAGAGAUACAGAGGAGAAUAAUUGUUUCCCAAGCUACAACUUCUUCAACUAAAUGUCAUAUCGAAUCAGUUUUAUGUAUCAAAUGCAAACACU